AGCCCAAAACUUAACAAACAGGGUGUGGUGGUGGUGGCUGUUGAGUAUCUUAUGUCAUCUUCUUUUGCCUUAUCAAUUUAUUUACCCCAAAACACCAAACUUUUCUCUGACUUCUCUGACGUCUCACCAUUGUCCCCUCCACCCUUCUCACCUUUGCUUUCCCAUAAUUAAACAUCCAUACCCACCUUCUUUCUUCCUCUCUCUUGGCAUUUCCUUUUUCUUCUCUACUCUAAACUGGCCCUCUCUUUGCAGCUUAAGCAAAGAAGCCCAGAACGGUGCUCUGUCCUCUGAUGUUGUACGAAAGCUACAUAUUACAACCUGGGCAAGAGAUUAGCUUCAUGGUAGUGAGUUUUAUCGUCUCAAUCUGGCUUUGCUCAUUUAGAAUGUAAACCUCCCACUUGCUCUAAUAUUUCUGCUGCUGAAUUUAAUCAUGAACUCAUCAAAGUUUGAUCUUAAAAUGGAGGCCUCCUCGGAAAAUGACUCUGAUGUUAGCAGCCAAGUUGCUUCUAAUAUAUCUAUCCAAGAAACCUUCCGGGGUCUUUCAAAGGAUAGCCUCACUAACCUUCCCCAUGUCACAAAUCUCAUAACCCCUCAAUCAAGUUCUGAACCUGUUUCCCUUGACUUAGCUCUUAGCUUCAGCUCCAACAAUGAUGAAUUAAUAGGAAGUGCCUCAAUAGGAAUUUCAAUGUCCAGUACAAGUGAGAGUAGCAAUGAACCAUCAACCCAAACGACAGCAGCACCCAUCCCUCGGGUUUUCCCUUGCAAUUACUGUCAACGGAAGUUCUACAGUUCACAGGCUCUUGGUGGCCACCAAAAUGCACAUAAGAGAGAAAGAACACUGGCAAAACGGGCUAUGCGAAUGGGUAUUUUUCAAGAGAGGUAUGCCAGUCUGGCUUCUCUGCCUUUGCACGGGUCUUCAUUAAGGUCUCUAGGAAUUAAAGCACACUCUUCCACGCACCCAACCUACAUGCCACCAUUGAUUCCAGGCGAUUUCAGAAACAGUGCAAGAUUUGAACAGGGCCACAUUAAUCAGCCAAUUUUUGUGGAGGAUGAUGAAGCAGAACUGCCAUGGCCUGGCAGUUUUCGCGAGGUGGCUGAAGCUGCUAGUAGUCCUCGUCCAAGUUUUCUGCUCACCAAAAGUUCAAACAUGAAUUUCGUAGAGAUGACUCACUCAGUGAAUAUCAACGAGUGUCUGCCAGAUCUCACACUGAGACUCUAAAAGGUUUGCUUGCACACAAAGGGCUUUGGCUGUGAGCUUUUGUUACUUGGCUAUGUUAUUUUUCUGUGUACAGUGAGACAUGAACAAGCUAGGCUGCAAGCUCUUGGUACACUCCUAAUCUCCAAUUUGAUGUCUACUAUAUUUGUUUUUCAGGUUUUUAAAACUACCAGAGAAUGAGUUUGGAGAGUGUUAUUUUUAAGAUGUAUAUUGGGAUGUUUGACUACAUUGGAGUGACUGCCUUUAUUUGACCAUGUUUGUUUUGUAUAUGACCCUAAUUAGGUCCUCCAAUCCAACAUGUCCA